CUGCUGCUCCUUCCUGGGCCAGCUGCCCCCUUGGACGGCAGGACGAGCAGGGGUGGGACUGGCCGGGACGUUGGUCCAGUUGGGGCAUGGCCGUCAAUGUGUACUCCACCUCUGUGACGAGCGAGAACUUGAGCCGCCAUGAUAUGCUGGCAUGGGUCAACGACUCGCUGCAGCUCAGCUACACCAAGAUCGAGCAGCUGUGCUCAGGUGCUGCCUACUGCCAGUUCAUGGACAUGCUCUUCCCAGGCUGCAUCCACUUGAGGAAAGUAAAGUUCCAGGCCAAGCUGGAGCACGAGUACAUCCACAACUUCAAGGUGCUGCAGGCCGCUUUCAAGAAGAUGGGGGUGGAUAAGGUUAUUCCAGUGGAGAAAUUAGUAAAAGGGAGCUUCCAAGACAACUUGGACUUCAUUCAGUGGUUUAAGAAAUUCUUUGAUGCCAACUACGACGGGAAGGAAUAUAACCCACUGCUGGCAAGGCAAGGGCAGGACGUGGCCCCCUCACCAAACCCAGGUGAUCAGAUCUUCAACAAAUCCAAGAAACCCAUUGGCACUGCAGUCCCACAGAGAACCUCCCCGACGGGGCCCAAGAACCUGCAGAAUCCGGCCCGAAUGACUGUGGCCCCCAGCCACGUGGUACGGAAAAACCCUCCUUUGGCCCGGAACGGGGGCAGUGAAGCUGACGCCCAGAUCCUGGAGCUGAACCAGCAGUUGAUGGACUUGAAGCUGACGGUGGACGGGCUGGAGAAGGAGCGUGACUUCUACUUCAGCAAACUGCGGGACAUCGAGCUGAUCUGCCAGGAGCACGAGAGCGAGAACAGCCCCAUCAUUGCAGGCAUCAUCGGCAUCCUCUAUGCCACCGAGGAAGGCUUUGCCCCCCCUGAGGACGAAGAGUUGGACGAACCACAUCCGGAGGAACAGGAUGAAUACUAGCUGCGUCUGCCUGCGUGCGUGCGCUCGCUGCCCCGCCAUGACAGAUUGCCCCACGCUCCUCACUGACCAUGGACAUUUAAGGUUUCGCAUUGUACAGCCUCGUCCUGCACAGUCACACAUUAUAACAGGUUUCUACCGACCCAAGAGGCCUGCGGUGGUUUCUCUGUCUUUGGAGGCCUACGCCAACAUGGUCCCUAGGCAUCGCUAGAGGGAGGCGGUCUGCACUGUAAAUAGGCUGGGGGGGGCAGUGGGAUGCCUGGUCCCCCCCCGUCCCCUUGCCCCAUCCCACCUCAUCUUCCUUAUUUAUUGAUUUCAGUUGUCUUGGGCGUGAACGCUCCCAGUGGCUUGUAUGAUAUGGAGAGAGAAAUUCUUUGUAUAUUUUUCCGUACCGGAUUUCACUAGCACUUUUCCUGUCGUGUUCAUGGCUCCGCCAAGCUCCGCCCCCUUCCCUUGCUUCGGAACGCGUGUGAGCUGGGGGACCGUGCUCACCACGGGAAGCUUGCUCAGGGGGCAGAGGGAGCGGGGAGGGAGGGGGCGAACUUGGCCUUGGAGGAUUUUAUUUAUUUGCAGGGGAGGGGUAUUUUAAUGAUACUGCUGAGAAUGUGACUUUUCCAGCUGCUUUACCUGACAUAGCGAGUGGGCUUGAGGGGAGGAGAGCCGAGCAGAGGGCGUGGUUGUGCCGCUUGGGGCUUUGCGAGGUAUCCUGGAGAUACGGCAGGCGGCGGUUGGGAAGAGAAAAGCCAACAGAAGUCCCUUCUCCCCCCCCCCCAAGAAUGUUUGGUUCCGUGUAACCAUCUCUUUUGAGUUCCAGCUGUUGCCCCUGGGACCUGCUGUGGGGAGGGGUUGAGGCCUCUGCCCCCCCUCCCCUAGCCCCACCAAGACGUAGCUCAUGCUGUUUGGACAGGAUGGCCACACGAUCCUGCCGUGACCUGUUCCCUGUUUGCAUUGCCUGUUUGAUCACAGACACUGGUGUGCAGAGCCUGCAUCUGUGUUGCGUUUUAUUUAAAAUAAACUGGUGUGGUAAAA